AUGGCUCGCACAAGAGUGAUGUCUAUGGAGGUAGUUGAUGCCAUUGAGAGUGUGUGGAGGUUGUUUUUGGUGGCUCUUGGGUUAGGGGCACUGUUGAUGCUAAUGGCCCGGACCAAGAACACUGGCCCCAGUGCUUCUUCACCCCCUCUGCCUCCACAUCCAAGAAGAGGACCGGUGAGGGUCCUAGCUCCCAAGAUAAGGCGGAGCGGAGGACGAAGGCAAGACAUGACGCCCAUAAGCAAU